GCCCAUUAGGACAGACACCCAGUCAUCCAUGGCCGCUCCAAACCCUAACCCAACAACUGUCCAUUCUCAAACCUUCUGCAAAUAAAUACCUCAACCUCCGUCGGAUCCAGCUUUUUCCCCCUCACCACUACAUCGGCGGUCGCUGAGGCUAGAGAAGAAAUGGGGAAAGGAACAGGAAGCUUUGGGAAAAGGAGGAAUAAGACUCACACCCUCUGCGUUAGAUGUGGUCGCCGGAGCUUCCACCUUCAAAAGAGCCGUUGUGGUGCUUGUGCCUAUCCUGCCAGCCGCGUUAGAAAAUAUAACUGGAGUGUGAAGGCAAUUCGUAGAAAAACUACUGGAACUGGCCGAAUGAGGUAUCUCCGUCAUGUCCCACGCAGGUUCAAAACCAACUUCAGAGAAGGUACACAAGCAACUCCAAGGAACAAGGGAGCUGCUGCAGCCUCGUCGUAAGCCUUAGAAGGGCAAUGCAAGCAUGUUUUUUAUUUUACUUUUUAGUAUUUAUCAAUUUGCAAACCUGGAGUUUUGGAUCAUUGUCUAAUAUUUUGGAUCAUUAUCUAAUAGACGUUCCUUCUUGUAUGCCGACAGUUUUUUUUAAAACCUUCGAGAGUAUCAAAUAUUUAUGUUAUGGUUUUGGGUGCU